AGGCGGCAGCUAUAGUUUGAGAGUGGAAGAGCAGCAGCAUCUCACCCACAGGGGGCGACGCCACAUCUCGCUCUCUUUCUCUCCCGCGCAAAACGCAUCACGCACAUGCAAUCGUGAGAAGCCCAGCAGGAAGAACAACAGCGUGGAGAGCAGUCUCCUGAAGACUGGAGCAGGGCUGCGUCCAUUGCCUUCAUCCAUUGCUCCAUAUGUUCUCUGACAUUCUUCACUCAACCUCGGAUUCUCACCUCUACGCUUCGCCGUGACCCUCACUGCCCGCCCGUGCCUGCUCUUGUUUGACCACUAACCCAAAGAAGAAAGGAUUUCCAGACGCCGCCAUGAACUUCCUACGCCGACGCCUCUCCGACAGCAGCUUCAUGUCCAACCUGCCCAAUGGCUACAUGUCGGACCUCCAGAGGCCGGACCCGCCUGCGCCCCCUCCCCCGACCGCCUCGUCGCCGUCCCAGCAAGGUCCCGUUGCAUCCCAGGCUCCUGCCCAAUCUCCCACCCAAACAUCCCAGGCCCCUGUCAGCUCCCCGGCUCCUCAGGAGCGCCGCCUGUCCCAGCAGGUUCAACAGCAGCCUCAACAGGCCCAAUCCUCAGCCUCAUCCUCCUCUGGCAGUUCCUCUGGGUUCUUCAGCUCCUUCAGCUCUAUCACCAACGCGGUCAAGCAGACGGCGGCAUCCGCUGCCGGCUUUGUGGAGCAGUCGGCACCCUCUCCUUCCCUCUCCAAGAAGUUUAAGAUUCUCCUCGUCAUUGAUGAGCUGCAACAUGAGUGGGCCAAAGUGUUUCGGGGUAAGAAGAUUUUCGGGGAGUAUGACAUCAAAGUGGAGCAGGCUGAAUUCUCAGACAUCAACCUCAUUGCACAUUCAAAUGGAACUUGCACUGUGGAUAUGCAGGUCAUCAGAGGUGGUGCUAAAGCGGCCAGAUCGUUUAGGCCAGACUUUGUCUUGGUGCGCCAACACGCCUUCAGCAUGGCCCAGAACGAAGACUUUCGAAACCUAAUCAUAGGUCUGCAGUAUGCCGGAAUUCCCUCCGUCAAUUCGCUGGACUCCAUCUACAACCUCUGCGACAAACCUUGGGCUUUUUCCCAGUUGAUCACCAAUCAAAAGAGGCUGGGUGCCGACAAAUUCCCUGUGAUUGAUCAAACGUUCUACCCCAACUACAAGGACAUGAUGACGACGCCAAAUUUCCCGGUGGUGGUAAAGAUCGGACACGCCCACUCCGGAAUGGGAAAGGUCAAAGUGGACAACGUGAGCGACUUCCAGGAUAUUGCCAGCGUGGUGGCCAUCACGCAGACCUACUGCACGACGGAGCCGUUUAUAGACGCCAAGUACGACAUCAGGGUGCAGAAGAUCGGUGUUGACUAUAAGGCGUACAUGCGUACAUCCAUCUCUGGUAAUUGGAAGAGCAACACAGGCUCGGCCAUGUUGGAGCAAGUGGCCAUGACUGACAAGUAUAAAUUGUGGGUCGAUACCUGCUCCGAGAUUUUCGGCGCCUUGGAUAUCUGCGCUGUCAAGGCCAUAUGUGGAAAGGACGGCAAUGACUAUAUCACAGAGGUGGUGGGCUCGUCCAUGCAGCUGGUCGGCGAUCACCAGGCGGAGGAUCGCCAGCUCAUAUCUGAGGUGGUGCUGGCGAAAAUGACCCAAGCCCUUGCUGCCAAGACAUCCGCUGUUUCCCGUUCGCCUGCUCGCUCUCCUCAAGGCCAAAAGACGACUGCUGCAGUAGCAGCGCCCCCACAGACUGGAGCUAUUAAAGACGGACCGAUUGAUGCAACCAGAACCACCGGCCAACGUCCUCAACCUCAAGGUGCAUCAGUCAAACCACAGAGUGUGGAGUCAUCAUCAGAAACAAAUAAGAGAUCUUCUGAGCCUCCAUCAAAGUCCACCCAAGCCCAGAAACCAGCUCAGUCCCAGAAGCCAAGCCCGGUCCAGAAGUCCACCUCGGUCACAAAGCCUCCAGUGCAGAGGCCUCCUCCCAUGACAAGAGCACCCUCUGUCACAAAACCCGCUCCAGAUUCUGCUUCCUCCACUGCCAAAGCGUCUCCUUCUUCACCUGCUAAGUCGGCAGGUCCAGGCUCCCCAGUUUCAGUUCCCACUACGGAGCAGCCCAAGCCCCAACCCCCGGGCUCCCCGGCCCAAGCUCCGGGUAAACCAAAGGAUCUGCCGCCAAAACCCACCCCGCCCGCCAAGCCCAUCCCUCCUGUCCGCAGGAACUCCAAGCCGCAGCUGCAGCCAAAGCCCCAAACGCCACCUGCCCCCAGAGCCUCACCCAAACCUCAAUCCGCCCCUCAAAACCCAGCGCCUGCCGAGGCCUCAGAGGUGGCCUCUUCACCCGACACAGCGCAAGAGGUCCAGUCGCCGGCCAAAGCCAAUCAGUCCCCACCUAUAGUGCAGUCUCCAGCCAAGGCUCAACCUCAGGCCAAGACUGCGUCCACGUCCCAGGACCCAGAACCUGAAACUGCCGCUGAGCCUGCUGAGCCCCUGGAGGACCAGCAGCCAAAAACCCACCCUCUGCUCAAUAAGUCCCAGUCACUGACCAAUGCCUUCAACGCCUUCAGCGACUCCUCCUUCUUCCGCGGUGUGUCCGGCUCCGGAGGCGGCGACGGCCAAGAAGAGGCCAAGGCCGAGACCAUUCGCAACAUCCGGAAGUCUUUCGCCAGCCUUUUCUCUGACUAGACACCGACCUCUACCAUUCUGCCCUCAUUUACUCCCCUCUCCCACUCCUCAUUGGCCAGCGAUGACUUGAUUGACAUUUCAAUGUGACGCAGUCUGAGACGUUGUAUGUGUGUUUUCAAAUUUAAGUGUGCCGUACCCCCGACGUCCGUCCGUCCGUCCUUCGAGUCAACAUGUCCGUGCGAGUGAAUAGUGAUGCUCCCUGGCCCGGAUGUUAACUGCAUGUCGCUGUGCCACAGUAGAUGGAAUGAUGAGUUAUGUCACUGAUAUACCCUAGAUAGAAUAGCACAGCAUAUUACAGAAUAAUUUUUAUUUUUCCAAAGCCCAUUAAAGAAACAGAAUUAUAUGAAAGUAUAUUAUAUUACAGAAUGUAUAUAGUAUAAAUGCAGUAUACACAGACACACACACACACACACACACACACACACAUACACACACACACGACACAUAUCUGUGUAUCUCUCUCUCUCUCUCUCUCUCUCUCUCUCUCUCUCUCUCUCUCUCUCUCUCUCUCUCUCUCUCUCUCUCUCUCUCUCUCUCUCUCUCUCUCUCUAAUACACACACAGGCUAUCAAACCAAUAGCUUUUAUCGGUGACAUAACUCCUUCGUGAGUGGCUGGAUUUAUAAGCAUUUUAACUACUUGUGAUAUACUUGAUGGUUUCCCUCGUAGUUCGCAGUAAACCCAUUAUUUGGUCCCGCUCAGUAAAACUUGUGCGUAAUUCUAAAAGCAAACAAAAAAAAGACAUUAUGUGUACCAAUGUAAAUCCAGCCUUGCUGUCUCGUCUGCCGACUGCCUAUCGACGUGAAGAAAUUUGCGAUCUUUUAUCCGUGUGUGUGUAUGUAUGUGUGUGUGCACGCGCGUGUGUCUGCAUGGCUCUUCCGAGAGGUCGCGCCAUGACCUUUGGAGUGUCUGCCAGGAGCUCUAUCAGUGUUAAAUUUUGCCUUUCGUUGCCUCUCUCUCGAUGUUGUAGCCUUAUCGUGUUUUCAAGUUGCAGCUUUGUUUGUUCGCUGUGCAGACCUGAGUCGUCUUGGAAUUCAUUCAUCAGUUGCUUACAAACAAAGGGGCAAGACCAGGGUUUCCAAUUCACUGUUCGCCUUUAAGCUCCACACCCUAAAACGCAGAUGGGCCAGAUGGGCCAGAUGGGCAUUUUUGUUUCUUUCAACAUAUAUUUGCCACGGUUGUGUUCCGUUUCCAGAACCACAGACAAA